AUGCCUACUGCUCUCAUCAACGAAACCGAAGUCGAUGUUCUGGUCAUAGGCGCUGGUCCAGCCGGACUUAUGUGUGCUCAAGGCCUUGCCAGGGCCGGCGUAAACGUACGCAUUGUCGAUCAGAGACCUGCCAAGGUUGCUGCUGGACAAGCGGACGGCAUUCAGCCUCGCACUAUCGAAGUAUUCCAGAGUUAUGGCCUCGCUGAACGUCUCAUUCGCGAAGGAAAUCAGAUGCACAUGGCGGCCUUUUACAAUCCGAGUCCCAAUGGCGGAAUUGAGCGGACUGGUCGUACAGCAGAUGUAUCUGCUCCAACUGCCCGCUAUCCUUUCGAAAUCACCUUGCAUCAAGGGGGCAUCGAAGCCAUCAUACUGGACUCUAUGCGAUUAUUAGGCCUUGAAGUUGAGCGACCAAUCAUACCCAUCGCGCUCGAAGUAUCGGCGAACGAGGCAGAGCUGAAAGACCCUCAUUCCCACCCUGUGAAGGUGGUGUUAAAGUAUCUGAACCCGGCAGAAGGUCAGAACGACACGGAGAUCGUACACGCCAAGUUCGUUCUCGGAGCGGAUGGAGCACACUCGUGGGUCCGGAAGACGCUUGGGAUUCUCAUGGACGGCGAACAGACCGACUACAUCUGGGGCGUCGUUGACAUGAUUCCCGAUACCGACUUCCCUGACAUCCGCAACCGCUGCGCGAUCCACUCUAACAACGGCUCGUGCAUGGUCAUCCCGCGCGAAGGCGACACCGUGCGGCUCUACAUCCAGCUCACGGACACGGAGGUUGUCGAUGCCUCGGGCCGCGUCGACAAGAGCAAGAUGGGCCCGCCACAGCUGCUCGAGGCCGCGAAGAAGUCGUUCUAUCCGUACAAAAUAGCGACGAAGGGCGACGUCCAGUGGUGGACGCUGUAUAUCAUUGGACAGCGGGUAGCUUCUCAGUAUUCUGUCCACGAACGCGUGUUCAUCGCUGGGGACGCGUGCCACACCCACUCGCCCAAGGCUGGUCAAGGGAUGAACGCGAGCAUGAACGAUUCGCACAAUUUAGUGUGGAAGAUCACGCAUGUACUUCGCGGGUGGGCAGGUAUGCCGCUGCUGAAGACGUACGAAUUCGAGCGCCGAAAGUACGCUCGGGACCUCAUCGACUUUGACAAGACCUUCUCUGCGCUGUUCUCCGGCAAGCCACAUACGGAGGAGAACCAGGACGGCGUGACGCAUGAACAAUUCUUGCAGGCAUUCCAGACCUUCGGCCUAUUCACGAGCGGGAUCGGCGUGCACUAUGGCGCGUCAGCCAUAGUGAACACAACACACCAGUCCUACGCAACCAAGCUGAUCAUCGGCCAGCGCAUGCUCCCGCAUGUGUUCGUGUGUGCUGCGGACGCUCGCCCGUUCGAGCUGCAGGAUCUCCUUCCGUCCGACACGCGCUUUAAGAUCCUUGUGUUCGCCGGGAACACAGCCGACGAGCAGCAGCUAGCCCGCGUGAAUGCCCUGGCAGAAGAGAUGGGCGCGCCCGAGGGUUUUUUCCGACGUUUCGGGCGCGGCGCGCCGGAUAACGUCUUUGAUAUCCUAUCCAUCUCCUCUGCAAAGAAACAGGAGGUUAACUUCACCGACCUGCCGGAGCUGUUCAGGCCGCAUUGGUCGAAGGUGCUUCUGGACGACGCGGACAUGUACAGGCGGAGCGGUGGUGGCGGGUACGAAUACUACGGCAUUGACCCGCGGGGCGCCAUCGUCGUGGUACGGCCCGAUGGGUACGUCGGCGCGGUCGCGCCCUUUGGACGUGUCGAUGACAUUGGCGAAUAUUUUGCGUCGUUUAUGUUGGCGCCAUGA